GCUGCACAAGGGUUGAUUUCGCUAUUUUAUAAAUGUGUAGUGUCCGUUUAAGGUUUACAGGCGCUGGAUUUUGCUUUAUGUAGACGGGAAAAACAUGUAUAAACUGUGAGAUAAGGCAUGUCUGUUGUACCUAGAUAACAUGCCGCUUCCUAACAACAAUUAGCCAUCGGGUUAGUAAAGCCAUAUCACUAAAUAGUUUAGUAACUAGCUAAUAUAGCUAAACAUCGUUAUACUGCAUAUAACAGGCAACGUGUUAUCUGUUAGCUAUAUUGACAUUCAAAAUGUGUGAACUAGCAUAGCUAGCUAGCUAACGUUACUAUUAUUUCCAGUGUAUGCUAGUUACGUUAGCAAGAUAUGGACAGCUGUUGGCUAACUACACAUUGGUAUAAAAUAAGGCCGGGUACUUUCAGAGGAUUUGAGCUUGUAGACAAGGUUUUUCAGGCUGCCAUUAUUUACUUUGCAAACAUUACUGUAAUAGAAUAAUCAAAUAAGGUAUUUUAGUUAGCUACAUGAAAGCUAACAUGUAUAGCUAGCUAGCCAACGUUAACUAGCUACCAAUCGAUUCAGAGGUGUAUUUAUUUACCGAUUCUGUUGAAAAACGUUUUGCUUACAAACAAACAAACAAAAAAAACAGUUUACUCAGAGCUCUUCAACGUUACCUAAAAGCUUUUGGGUUUAUAAAUGGAAGUUGUAAAAUAUUUUAAUUGUAUGGUUUCCAUGCGUUGCCAUUCCAAUCUGAGUAGUCUGCAAAGUAUGUGGCACAAACUGAAGGUCUAUAAAUGAUCGCUUCUUCCAUGCUCUUAAAGUGGCGUGAAGUCCCGAUUUUCUUCCAGAAAUGUAUAUUUGUUAUUAAACUCGUCCCGCGUAAAUUCGAAAUAUGAAUAACGGCCCUUACGGCGUGAGUCGUUUUUACACGCGGUACCAGAAUUCAAUGCUGCUGUUCCUGAAUUUGAUUGUUGCAUUUCGCCGCUAUUCUCUACACCCCUCAAUGUAUAAAUACCGCAUAGUCUGCAUCAUAUGCGGCUUUAUACAGCUUUCUUCCUAUAGUAGUAGUAGCAGUGAGUAUCUAUAGUAUUAUUGUAUAAUUAUUAUUGUCAUCUAUAUGACUUGUAUUAUUAUCUGAAAGAGGCUUUGGUAUUAGCCUGUCUGAGGGGCUGUCCGUGUGAGAGGGCGGUAAACCUGAGGCCUUAAUCCGGUGUAUUUGAUACGAUAGUGGUAUAAAAAAGUGAGAGCGGAGUAUGAGCAUGUUGUAACAUAUCCCGGCUAAGGCUGACAUCCUAAAUACUUGUACUUCAUUUUUAAAUUAAUUUAAUUUAUCACCACUGGACAAGUAGCCUACAGAUGCCUGCCUCGUCACCAAGUGAGGAAGAUUUCUCAUCCAACGCGAGCAUGGUAUCCCGUUUCGGAGUGUCUGAGCUACACGUGUUACUGGGCUUCACCGGGCGAAAAACACGAGCGGUCGCAAGCACCCCCUAAAGAACGCCUUCUGCAGUCCAGCCCACAAUCAAGGAACAUAAUCAACGGUUCCCACCCCAGGGCGGUAGACGAUAGUCUCCCUGACUCGGCGUUCCAUCAAGUCAACAUUCUUCUAGGCAGAGGAAGGUGUUGGUGUUACCGUGGUGAGUUGGCGUUACCGUGGUGAGUUCUGACCUCGGUGACCUGUCUCCCUGGUCUCUGAUUCGCUGGUGCUCAACGAGGAGACCAAAUAAGGAGUUGAGGAUGAACCUCCAGCAGCCCGCCCCUCUCAUCCCCCCUGUCCACCCAGACAUCCAGAUGAAGUCCCUGCCGUUCUACGACGUGUUGGACAUUCUCGUCAAACCCUCCAGCCUGGGUCAGUGUCUCUCUGGAGCCAGUGCUGUUCAGAGGUACAACCAAGAUAAGUACUUCAUCUUCGCCUUAACGCCUCAACAAGUCAGGGAGGUGUGCAUCUCCAGGGACUUUUUACCAGGUGGCAGAAGAGACUAUAUGGUUCAGAUACAGCUGAGGUUCUGUCUUUCAGAAACCAGUUGUCCCCAAGAAGACAACUACCCUAAUAGUCUCUGCAUUAAAGUCAAUGGGAAGCUGUUCCCUCUUCCGGGUUACGCCCCUCCCCCUAAAAAUGGAGUGGAACAGAAGAGACCGGGAAGACCUCUAAACAUCACCUCAUUGGUCCGAUUGUCCUCUGCAGUACCCAAUCAGAUCUCUAUAACGUGGGCACCUGAAAUCGGAAAGACGUACUCCGUGUUGGUGUAUCUGGUGAGGCAGCUCACCUCUCCUCUACUGCUGCAGAGGCUCAGGAUGAAGGGCAUCAGAAACCCAGACCACUCUAGAGCGCUGAUAAAGGAGAAGCUGACAGCAGACCCUGAUAGUGAGAUUGCUACAACCAGUCUAAGAGUGUCUCUCAUGUGCCCCCUGGGUAAGAUGCGCCUGACAGUGCCGUGUCGAGCUCUCACCUGUUCCCACCUGCAGUGUUUCGACGCGGCCCUCUACCUGCAGAUGAAUGAGAAGAAACCCACCUGGGUCUGUCCUGUCUGUGACAAAAAGGCCCCCUACGAGAGCCUGAUCAUCGACGGGUUGUUCAUGGAGAUUCUAAACGACUGUUCCGACGUGGAUGAGAUCAAGUUCCAGGAAGACGGGACCUGGUGUCCCAUGAGACCAAAGAAAGAGGCCCUCAGUGUGUCCUCAACCUGUAUCCCCAAAAUAGAACCACGUCAGUGUGCGGUGGUCCCUCCCCACAGAGAGCCCAGCUCGACCAAUAAGAAGGCAGACGUGAUCGACCUGACCCUAGAGAGCUCGUCAGAGGACGACGACGACGACGACGAGGAUGAGGUGGAGCCUGACCCGCCACUCAAGAAGAGAUGCCUGUUCAUGUCCAAGACGGAGGAGAUGCACGCCAAGGGAGUGCUGUCCUAUCAGCCGUCGGCGGUGUGCCUGCCAAACGUACACGCCCUGGACACAUCAUCCUACCUGACGAACUCGCUAGCUGACUAUACAGUCCCCUUCCACCACUCCACCAUGUCCACCGUCCCUACGGACAUGCAGAGUCUGGAUCUGUUCUCGCUGAUCCAAGGUGACCCGCAGCAUUACAGAGCCCCAAUGUUCCUGGACGACCUGACCAGCAGCCUGCAGGGUGCCACCACCAGCGCCGGCCUGGUGUCCUCUUCUAGCCAAUACGAGCCCAGCGCCCACCUCUUCUCCGCCGCCUCUUACCAAACCGGGGUUAUUACCGGGGGAGGGGUAGGGUCCAACAGCAUCUCGGACAUCAUCUCAUUGGACUGAUUUUUGUCUUGUCACUCAAAGGAGCCGUCUAUCAUAAGCCUUCAAUUGACUGUAUCCCGAAAUGGCAUCUUCGCCCCCUAUAUAGUGCACUACUUUUGGGCCGUCCAGCAGAAAGUAGUGCACUAUAUAUGUGCAUCAGAAAUGGCACUAUGUCCAUAGGCCUUCACCACUGAGACAGACUGUGUGUCAGUAAAGAUGCAUUCCCUUCUUUCACCAGACCCCUGCUUUGUAGGUCAGAGUUGAUAAAAUAAUAAGAUAGUCAGGAGGCCCCCUCGCCCGGCAGACUCCACGUUGACUGAGGUGGGCCCCCCCUCGCCCGGCAGACUCCACGUUGACUGAGGUGGGCCCCCCCUCGCCCGGCAGACUCCACGUUGACUGAGGUGGGCCCCCCCUCGCCCGGCAGACUCCACGUUGACUGAGGUGGGCCCCCCCUCGCCCGGCAGACUCCACGUUGACUGAGGUGGGCCCCCCCUCGCCCGGCAGACUCCACGUUGACCGAGGUGGGCCCCCCCUCGCCCGGCAGACUCCACGUUGACCGAGGUGGGCCCCCCCUCGCCCGGCAGACUCCACGUUGACCGAGGUGGGCCCCCCCCUCGCCCGGCAGACUCCACGUUGACCGAGGUGGGCCCCCCCUCGCCCGGCAGACUCCACGUUGACCGAGGUGGGCCCCCCCUCGCCCGGCAGACUCCACGUUGACCGAGGUGGGCCCCCCCUCGCCCGGCAGACUCCACGUUGACCGAGGUGGGCCCCCCCUCGCCCGGCAGACUCCACGUUGACCGAGGUGGGCCCCCCCUCGCCCGGCAGACUCCACGUUGACCGAGGCGGGCCCCCCCUCGCCCGACAGACUCCACGUUGACCGAGGCGGGCCCCCCCUCGCCCGACAGACUCCACGUUGACCGAGGCGGGCCCCCCCUCGCCCGACAGACUCCACGUUGACUGAGGUAAUGUGGAACAGAAGAUUGCCUUUUCUAUUGGAUGAACUGACAUGGAAGCGUUCAGCAGGAAAUGGGACUCUGGUUGACAGUGUGGAUGGUUUGAAAACGGUUGUGUGUCAGUACCUAGGAGGAGUUAUCCCAAGGCAGCUCAUUGUUGUAUUACUAAUUAGGGGUUCAAGGAGCAACACUUUGUAUAACUCCAUUGUACGGUACGAGUGUUCAUACCCAUUGAUAUAUUACAUAUUUUGUUACAUCCUAAAUUCAGAAUGGAUUCCAUAGAUAUUUCCCCCCCCCCCCCGCCCAUCUACACACAAAUACCCCAUAAUGUCAGUGACAACAUAUUUUUAAACAUAUGUGCAAAUUUAUUGAAAAUUACAUCAUUUUCCUAAGUAUUUUUUUUUUUUUACCCCUGAGUCAAUACAUGUUAGAACCACAUCAGUCUUUCUGGGUGAGUCUCUAAGAGCUUUUCACACCUGGACUGUACAGUAUUUGUUCUUAAAAAUAAAAAUAAAAAAUCAAGCUCUGUCAAGUUGGUUGUUGAUCAUUGCUUGACAGACGUUUUCAAGUCUUGUCAUAGAUUUUCAACCAGAUUUAUGUCAAAACUGUAACUGGGACACUCAGGGAACAUUCAAUGUCUUCAUAAAUAACUCCAGUGUAUAUUUGGCCUUGUGUUUUAGGUUAUUGUCCUGCUAAACAGUGAAAUUAGUCUCUGUGUCUGUUGGGGGGAAAAAACAGACUGAACCAUGGUUUCCCUCUAGGAUUUUGCCUGUGCUUAGCUCCUAUUCUGUUUGUUUUUAUCAUCCUCGUCCUUGCAGUUGACAAGCAUACCCAUAACAGGAUGCAGCUCACACCGUGCUUGAACAUAUGAAGAGUGGUACAGAGUAAUGUGAGGUGUUAGAUUCACCUCAAACAUAACACUUUGUAUUCAGGACACAAACGUAUUUCUUUCCCACCAUUUUUUUUUUUUUUUUUCAGUAUUACUUUAGUGUCUUUCGUUGCAAACAGGAAGCAUGUGUUUUGGGAAUAUUUUUUAUUCUGUACAGGACUUCCUCCUUUUCACUCUGUCAUUUAGGUUAAUAUUGUGGAGUAACUACGAUGUCGUUGAUCCAUCCUCCUACCACAGUCAUUAAAUUCUGUAACUGUUUUAAAGUCACCGUUGGCAUCAUGUUUCCUUCCUCCGGCAAAGGAGUUGGGUAUCUUUGUAGUGACUGGGUGUAUUGAUACACCAACCAAAGUGUAAUUACACUGAACAAAAAUAUGAAACGUAACCUGUGAAGUGUUGGUCCCGUGUUUCAUGAGUUGAAAUAAGAGCCCUGAAAUGUGCCAAAUGCUUGUACAAAUUUCUUUACAUCCUUGUUACUGAACAUUUCUCCUUUGCCAAGAUAUGCCACACCUGACAGGUGGAUGGAUUAUCUAGAAGCUGGUUAAACGGCAUGAUCAUUCAUUACACAGGUGCACCUUGUAUCGGGGACAAUAAAAGGCCACACAACACAAUGUCACAGAUGUCUCAAGUUUGAGGGAGCACGCAAUUGGCAUGCUGACUGAAGGAAUAUCCACCAGAGCUGUGGCCAGAGAAUCGAAUGCUCAUGUCUCUACCAUAAGCCACCUCCAACAUCAUUUUAGAGAAUUUGGCAGUACGUCCAACCGGCCUGAACUGCAGACCACGUGAUUUAAAAAAAAUCAAAUCAAAUUUUAUUGAAUCUUUAUUUAACAUGUAACCACUCCGGCCCAGGACCUCCACAUCUGGCUUCUUCACCUGUCGGAUUGUCUGAGACCAGCCACCCGGACAGCUGAUUUUCUGAUCCGCUCCCCUACUUAUUUUUAAGGUAUCUGUGACCCAACAGAUGCAUAUCUGUAUUCCCAGUCAUGUGAAAUCUAUAGAUUUAGCGCCUAAUUAAUUUAUCUCAAUUGACUGUUUUCCUUAAAUGAACUGUAACUCAGUAAAAUAUUUGAAAUUGUU